AAACCUGAAAACAGGGCUUUAAGUGUAAAAUACCGAACUUGUCCUUUAACAAAGCAAAUCAAAUGUGAUAGAAAUGUAACAACAGACAUGAUUUUUUUUAUCAAACAAGACCAAAUUUGACUAAAUUAUAAACCCAUGAAUGUAAACUAUGAAGAGCGCUAUAUAAAUUGAAUUGAAUGGAAAAAUGCUUUAAAAUUACUUAUAAAAAUGACUUUUAUGGUUGAUUUUGUGGUUGUUAUUAUUGCUCCUCCCACAGACAUUUUCUUUCUCUUUGCAACUGUUUUUCUUUCUGUGUUUUGGAGAUUCAGUUUCUUUGUUUCUCAAAAGGGAAGUAAGUUCUUGCUGAGGCAGACUUAUUUUCCAGCUUCAGUUUAGAAGACUAAAGUACACCAGCGAGGAAAACAUGAACGGUACGAAGUUUCUUGAGGGAGAAGAGGAGACUGAUGUAGGCCUGGUGGGUGCCUGUGUGAUUCUGGGUCUGUGCUUUCUCGUGGGCACACCUGGGAACCUCUUGGUGGUGUGGACCAUCUUGAAACACGUGAAACAGCGCUCGCACACAGUUCUCCUCAUUCUUCACCUAGCAAUCGCAGACCUUCUGGUGUUGAUCACUCUUCCUCUGUGGAUCUACUCAUUGGCUCACUCCUGGGUGUUCAGCAAGGCUGUCUGCAAAGCUAUGGUGUACAUUAUCAAUGCCUGCAUGUACAGCAGCGUCUUUCUCAUCACCAUUAUGAGCGUGGAACGUUUCGUGGCUGUCAGGUACCCCUUUGCGUCAGCGGGCUGGAGAAGGAAGCAAGCUCUGAAUAAGCUACUGGUAGUGUUGUGGAUGGCUUCGUUUCUCUUGAGCAUUCCUGUUAUUGUAACUCAUACUUUAGGUGGUUCUCCAGGAGACGUCCAGUGUACUUUCAGGGAGUACACGUCUGACACGCAGGAGGUCGUUUUGCUUACUUUAGAAACUCUUAUAGGCUUUGUUAUACCUUUUAUUACAUUGGUGGUCUGUUACGGCUGCCUCUUCAGUCGCAUAGCGCUCAUGAACUUCAAGUCCAAGCGUAAAUCGACGGUUCUCAUCUGCAGUGUAGUGGUGAUGUUUGGACUCUGCUGGAUCCCACAUCAUGUGAUGAACCUUCUUUCCCUCGCUGCAAUCGCUCUAAAGACUACAUAUCCUAAAGUGACAGAAAACUUGGAGGAUGCCCAUACGACCAUGACCUUGAUAACAGGAGCCCUGGUGUUCAUUAGUAGCUCAGUGAACCCAAUUCUUUAUAUGUUUGCCGCACGUACCUUCCGCAGCUCACUUCGAGAAACUGGAAUACAGAAGUUGUUUCAGCAUAUAUCCAGUACAGCCUCGGCUCAUGGGAAUAAAGAGUUAUCAUUUGUUUCUAAAAGACAAAAUUCACACACCAGUACCUCACAGUGUCUCACAGAGACAAAAUUGCCUGUAGAUCUGACUAUGGAAGCUCUGUAAUUACCAACCAACAAUACUCUCAUAAAAGUGCAUAUCUGUAAAGAUUGAUUUUGAUUAAUUUUUGUAUUUUAGCCAAAUUAUCAUUUUAAGUUAAAUGUUUUUUUUGUGUGUGUGUGAGAGAUAAAUGCUUCUUAAGUGCAAUUUCUGAUACAUUUCAUUUAUAUUUUAAUACUCACUAGGACAUUGUUGCUUAGAUUACAACCCAGUUUCUAUGAUAUUAAAUCACUUAUUUAAUAGUUUUGUCUGUGUGAUGUGAUUUUGUAGUACAAUAUAUAAACUGCAAAUUCUUUGAUUCAGGAAUGGUCUUUUAUUUGUGGUGCGUUAUUUCAACACAUCUCUUUUCCUUAUAUUGCAACAUGUGUGUUUGUGACUCCAGUCGGCAUGUGAAAGAGGAAGUGUGCAUUAAUAAAAACAGAGGUCAGUU